CAGUAAUAAUGACACGGACAAAUCGAGUGCUACAUCCUGACAUGGCUUUACGGAGCUUUACGCCUCAUGUGUAGUUUUCCUUGUUGUUUCUUCGACCGGUUUCGUUUUCGUCAGUUUCUGUACGUAUCAGUAGUGGCUGGAAAGCACUCGACAAAUCGAGAGAGAGAGAGAGAGAGAGAGAGAGAGAGGGUGGUUUUCGUGUGAAAGGGUUCCUGCCCAUCAGACAGAUCAAUGACGUGAUUAACCUUCGGCUCAGUUUGUUGUCGAUGGCGAUGGAGGGAGCAUGGGGGCUGGAAGCAGUAAGGAUGACUUCGUCCUCGAGUUGUUUUUCAAAAACCUUGAGCUCGCAAGCGAAUCCAAAGAGGCUACGGGUACGGGACUCCUCGCGAGAUGUCCUCGAUCAUGCUGCAUGCAAUCGAGUCCAUUCGCAGCAGAGUCCGUGCAAAAGACGUGAGACACCUUCGGUAAUAAUCGGGCACGUGACACGUGGCGCGCUGCAGGUGCGGACUCGUCUGCCUGCCAGUUCGAGAGAAAAUACUUUUCUUCGCCACAGCAGCGAUGGGUGGGAUCCAAAGGCGCCCUAUACUCUUCUUUACCAGAACUGCAAUGGGUGGGAGCCAAAGGGCCCCUAUCUUGUAGCCUUUGAUUGCAGCGGCGAUCCCGACGGCCAGCGCUCGGCGCUCAGCAGGCAUGCGACUCGUCGAACGAGGCAACACCCUAUCAUAAUGACGCUCCUUCCACUUGUCCAUGUGACACGUGCAUGCCACGUCAGCAAGCAUCGCAGUUGGGACGUCAACGACGCUCGUUGUGCGUCAUCAUCCAGGAGCGAAUCUGUAGCCAUGCCAGGUCGAAGGCAGCUGUCAGGACGUAUGGCGCGCAGUGGUGGAUUGGUCUCGGCGGCAUCAGAUCCCUUCGAUCGCCUCGGCCAUCACCAUCGCCAUCGCUCUCACCAUCACUAUCGCCAUCGCUGUCGUCAUCGCCGGCUUUGUCUUGAGCUUGAGCAUGGCCAUUGCUGCGACUAUGUGUCCGAUUACGCCGAUGAAGGAGAGGACGAUGGAAGUGAUACAAGGCGCGAGAAAGGUCUGUGCGAUAGAGGAUGUCGGAGCACUGCCAGAUGGACUGCUAGACGGGAAGGUGUUGUCGUUGGCCUCGGCGUUCGGCCCCGAGGAUUGUCUCGAUCGUUGUCUACCUACUGGUUGGCGGCGAUGGAGAUUCGUCGAAGCGGAUCCUUCACAGGAAGGGGUAAGAAGAUGAGGACGAAGGUGUCGUACUCCCCCUUCCCUGUUGAUAUCCCUGACCCUCGGAGACCGAACGCUUUCUCUGUCACUUCUUCUUCUUCUUCUCCUUCUUCGACGGGGUUUCCUGUCGAGGAAGACGAUGCUGACGUGGGUGAAGUCUCAGCACUGAAGAAGAGCAGCGAUGGCGGCCGCUUUGUUCGGCCGAGAGUGAUGUUAACCAGCCGUCUGAUCUUUGGACAUCUGCACGACGCAAAUUCUUCUAUAUCUCUAGAUUCUGAGUCCCUGCUAGACGAGGCGUCAGAUCUCGCUGGUAUUCUGAUCAAGGAAAAGACCACUGACGUUAAUGUCAGAGAAGUUUUUCGUCCCGAUUUGAAUCGCGCUGUCGAGGACGAAGUUCUGCUUGCCGAUUUGAAUCGAGAUGUUGACGUCAACGCCAUCGCUUCUACCUCUGUCGAAUCCCGGAAAACGUCUUAUUCGGACUCUCCCGUGGACUUCAUUCCUUCUGCUUCUUCCGCUCCCUCUUCUUCUUCUUCUUCUUCUUCUUCUUCUUCUUCGUCGUCGUCGUCGUCGUCGCCGUCUUCUUCUGCAUUUGCUUUACAGGAGGUUGAGGAGGGAAGCAUGGUGGUCGAAGAAAAGCAUGUCGAGACUUCUUCUUCUUCUUCUUCUUCUUCUUCUUCUUCUUCUUCUUCUUCGUCUUCUGUUUCUUCUUUUUCUUCGUCUUCGUCUUCUUUGGGUCAGUUGCCGGCAGCUUUAGCACCCCCUCGGGAAGGGGUGGGCACGUCGGGAUCGCGUUUGCGGUCGGGCGACUCGGACCCGACGGUAAUGGACGGAACCGUGCUGUACUUUAUACGUCUCGAGACCAGCCGCGAGCCGGGGUCGGGAUUAUCCGAUCCAGAGGCAGGUCUCAUUCUGUCAAUCAUUGGCGAGAACCAUGGAAAAUCCAUCAUUCAACGAAUUCCGGCCUUAUCGUGGGUAGAUACUGAUGGGGGGGGGGACAUGGAAAUGGAUGACGAGAGAAGGGACAAGGUGAACCGCCGUGGACGUGAAACGGCAGAGGCAGAAGAAGGAAGGGGGGGGGUUGAGAGGCUCUCGGAUGUUGCCGUGAGGAAACUGAAGAAGCCGCAGAGAGCACGGGAGCUGUUUGGUAGGGGGGCCGUCGACUUCGUCCAGCUGGCAGCCGGCGAUGUGGGACACCUGGCGGCGUUGUGGGUCGCACCUUGCGCAGGUACGUGGAGGCUUGAAAAUGCGACUGUGACAGCUCUGCGGCUUGAUGGCAUAGCUGUGGCUGAGGAAGUCGCAAGUAGCUCAAGUGGGGCCAUGAUGGAAUCCCACCUGCUACAGAGUAACUCUGUGGGCAAAGCUGAACCCAGAGAGACUGAAGAUUUGCCUUUCAGGUCUCAGCGACGAGGUCCUCCAGAGAGGGAUAUGAUGUAUCCCACUGCCAUGCCCAAGGAUGAUUGCAGGGAAGGUACUUGCAAGACGCUUGAAGCGCAAGAACAGCAUCAUGGAACGAAUGGAUACAGAGAUGGGGAGGGCGGUAGGCACAAGAGCAAUGAGGGAAAAGGGAGAGCAACAGGUGAAGAUCCACUGAGUCUGGAGGAUCUGUGUCAUGGUGCUCCUCUUUCGGGGUUCCAGUACUGUUUCCAAACCAAUGGUGACCUCAUUGGCGAUGGUGGGAAUCUUGGGGCAUUGGAAAUCCGGCCAUUUGCAGUGACCCGAUGGGCUAGUUCGGGUGAUUACGGUUGGGAGGAUUUGGUUGGUGGCUCGCAGAGGGUGAAAUUGUUGGGAAAGCAAGGACCAGAUAAGGUGGAAGCUGCACGAGCUCUUGGAAUAGCCGAGUAUGAGAGGCUGAAGCUAUGCUUGUUGCAGGCCACAACAGGUCUAGUUGUGGGGGGGAGUCUGCUUAGCUGGGUAAUUUAUGGUGCAGCGGUUGGGGAGGCAUUUGCUGCAGGAGGUGGUGUAGGCUUGCUGUAUUUGCUGCUGCUUCAGUGGUCCGUGGACUCAAUUGCUGGCGGGACGCCCAUCAUGCCAGGUGGACAAAUUGAUACUCUAGGGUAUAAGAUGACAAGCGGGGAAGAUGGCGAUGGACAUAAUGGCAACUCAUCAGCAGUGUCGGGAGGACAGCUUCUGGCAAGGAGUGGCAUGCCAACCUUGCCCACAAACUUGCUGCGGAACUCCGGGGGCGGAACGAGAGAGCGAGAGGCUGAAUAUGUCCUAGGGACGACAGUCAAGUCAAAUCUGUUGGGAGUUGAUGAAAAUGAAGACACCCAGGUCCCCAGAGAGAGCAGAUUGGCUACAGAAAUGCACACAGAAGCACUUGGAGUUUUUGAUCAAAUGAUUGAAGCAGGUGUUGAUAAAAAGUCUGAAGCAGGAAGACUUGAUGCUGUGAGGGGAAAAGAGGAGGUAAUGAGUUUGCGGGGACUUGAAGAUGUUUGGGUCAGUAUUCUGAAGGUGAUGCCCUUCUCAACGGGUGCAGUUGAGCCAAAAAAGAGAAAAGAUACCAAGGGAAGUGUGGUUGAGCCAGAAGGAAGAAGAGAUGCCAAAAGUGGAUGGCGCCUGGUCCCCAAAACACCUGGAGUUCGUCUGACACUCGUCGUAAGCGCAUUCAUCUUGCUUUUACGAGUCGUUGGCGAGGUAGGAUCUGAGGAUUCCAUCCUGGUCCCUUCGCAGCUCCUUGGCGCAGGAUGUGGCUUCUUCAUGUACAAAGUCGCUAUCACAAUUGCAGCAAUUCAGAAGUCAAAGGCUGACGGCCGUCGGAGUUGAAGAGAGUGAUGAUGAUUUGCCAGGUGUUGAGUUCCCAUUCCUUUUCUUGUCAACGAUGACCAUCUUGUGACAGUUUCAUACUUGUUUGUUUUUGUAUCAAUGUAAAUAUGCUGAUGUACAUAAUAAGUUUAGAAGCAACGUUGAUGUUUGGCCUUUCGAGAAAGGGAGAGAAUUGUUGAUGACAUCUUCGCAGUGAAAACUCAAGCCGGUGUGGUCCACCUUCAUCAGAUGCCAGCAUCUGCCUUUUGUCUUCAUACUUGUCUCACCAGUUGCCACAAUUGGCAACGUUUGAAACACCACCCCAUCUCUCUGUGCUCUUCCUGUUCUUAUUCCGGUGUGCAUUUCACCCUUUUAGCCAAGAUAGCUUGUAUACAUUCAUAAGCGGUGUGUGUUGUGUUAGAGGGAAGACGUUAGCCUCCACUUGGGCUCCACAGUGUUUUGGUUAUUUCAAUAUUUUCUAGAUUGCUGGGUCAUGUGGGUCUGGUCCGGAUUCGGCAGGAUGAGUCCAGACAACCCUGCACAUCAAUCUGGUUAGAAAGGGCAUACAUAGUUGCUUUGAGGCAAUUGGACUUGAACUGAUCAGCCUCUGAUUGCAGCUUGCCAGAAACG